CAAUCACUUCCUGCCACGCGACCCUUGAUACCCAAUCGGUCUUCAGAAGACUGCAGGUGAGUGAGUGCAAUGGUUCAUGCAAUCUCCCUAGCUCGAAGGAAGAGGGCAAGACGAUCGCCAUUCAAAUCCAUCAUUGGGCAGCAAAACGCCUUAGUAGGUGCCGACAACUAUUCCUGAACCGGCUUUCAAGCGAUGAUGACUGUGUUCUCUUGUUGCAAAUCUUUCGCUGCCGGCGACAAAAUGUUUAUCUUGCCGUCCCUUCUGUCUGUGCUUCUUGUGCUUGUUGUUGUUCCUGCAUAUACUAGUAAUGCGUAGGUACAGUACUAUGCGCUAUUACACUAACCGGACGAGACUGGCUACUUGAUCGAUUUUGUGCUGGUGAGACGUCUUAAGUCCUUUAACGUCUUUUCUAUUGCAAUCCUUUCUAGCAGCUCAGGCCAUCUUUCUGGCUCCUGUCUGCUUUUCGUCACCAUGUCAACUACUACCUACCAGACCAAUGCAAAGCCGAGGAGUCGCCGCGGCAGUCAGGGCGAAUCCUCCGAGAACAAUCGCAGUAGAGCGUCUAGCUCUGCCUCUUUGAGGUUAUCGAAAACACUAUCCAGAACUCUGGACGAGGUUGCUGUUCCGAGAAACAGCCGGCCUGGUUCACCGGCCGUCUACAUCCACCGACAGAGACCACUUGAUCCGAGGCAGCCCGACCUAUUUACGCCUCCGUCGCGGCGCUCCACAAGCUCCGUGCCCUCCAGCAAGAAUGCCAGGACAAUGCAUGAAGAAGAGAAGCAGCAGAGACCAGCUUCUGUCGCCAAGGUGAAACCGCAAGUCGUGCAACAGUCUGAAAAUGGGCUGGGCCAAUCUAAUGUUCCGGUCGCAAAACAAUCGUCAGUUACACAGGCUGGACCUGAUGUCGCAACAGUCGCGGCGCCCGUGGGAUCGGAGAAUACGGGCGCCGAACCUACCAUCCCGGUCAACGAAGCACGACCGCUGCCGCCGGUGACGUCCUUGCAACCAACGGUGACCGACGAAGACGAAGAAAAUCCUGAUCGUCCGACUUCACAGGUACUACCGCGGAAGAGUACGCCAUCUUCCCCUAUUACCAUCGUCGCAGCAUCGCCAGGUACGACUUCCAAAGAUGCAGUGGCGAACGAUGUUGUUCCGCCACCGCCUCAGGGGUCUACAUCUCUUCUUCAAGACGUGUCGAAUACCAACAGUGCUCGGAACCCGCCGCCUUCUCCCAGCAACCCGCUGCCUGCACCACAUCCAAGAGCUUCAGUUACUCUGCUCCACCCUGCACUUUCUCCAGCGCUGGCUGAUCUAGGAGAGCAGGAAGUCCCUGUGGCCAUGACGUCCAGCCUGCCAAUGGUGUCCGACGCCAUGCUUCCCCAUGAAUCAUUGCCGGCAGCGCGCUCUGCAAUCACAUCACCAAGCCAAUCACCCUUGCUACACCAUGUCGGCAGUCCUCCUCCCCAGCAGGCUGUAUAUCCGUACCCAUACCAUUUACCCUUGAUGAACAGCCCUCCCUUCCAUGCCGCAAUGUAUCCAGGUGCAUUUGCAGCCGCGAAUAUGGGUCUCAUGGGUGCCGAAGUCAUCCCCAGAUCUGGCUCCGCGGGGGCUGAGGAUGAGCGUGCCAAGCUUUUGGAGAAGGUUGCCAGUGUUCUUCCUGACAUAGACCGGCUUCUGCAUUAUUACCGCGAGUCCCAGGGACUCUUGUCCGAAAAAGAUCAUCUGGUAAAGCGAGCAGAGACCCAAUAUGAGCAAGAUGUUGCCCGACUACGAAUCGAGCUGAGCGCGUCCAAGUCAGAAUAUGAGAGGAUCAUAGGCGAUCAAGCAAUGGAAAACAUCAAGCUGAAGGGGGAAGUUACGGAAUGUAAUGGUAAAAUAGCGCACCUUCAGGAGAUGGCCGACGAGCUUCCCUUGGUUAAAGAGGAGCUGGAGAAAUUGCGUACUGAGUAUGAUCUCCUGAAACAGGAGGCAAGCAGGCAGAAGGACAGAACGGAAGAGCUGGUCAUAGAGGGACAGGCUCUCAAGUCCACAGUGGAAAGUCUGAAGAAGCAAGCCGCUGAUGACCACGACCAUCACCAGAGUACGCUGACGGAACUGAAAAAUGCCCAUCAGAAGGAACUCGCCGAGAAAGAACAUGAGCACUCAAAGUUACUGGCCGAGAACAAAGGAGGUCUUUCCAAAGUCCAACUCGAUCUUGCCGGCAUGAUCACCAAACAUACUCAGCAGAAGAAGGAGCUGGACUUUGUCCGAGCUAUUGUCUCGGAGCACGAGGCUUCCUUGGAGAACAAGACCGCGGAACUGACCGAGUUGACACGACGGCAUCAAGAAGAGCUGCAGAAGAUGGCUACAACAGCGCAAGAGAGCGCCCAAGAGCACAAGGAGGAGGUUGACAAGAUGGCAACUGAACUAUCCGAGAUGAGAGCCAAGCACGAAGAAGACGUAAGCCUGCUUCGCAGGUCCCACGAGGAGGAAAUUGCAAAGAUCUCGAAAACGACUGAAGCACAACUCGCAGACAAGGAGACAGAGCAUAGUCGCCGGGAGGCUGACUGGAAAGCUGAGUUGGAAGCUGCUCAGUCUGAGAAACAGGCCACCACGACCGAGCUGGCCAAAAAGCAAGACGUGAUUGACUCUUUGAAGGAGAACCUCAACGAAGCACGCAAGGCGUAUGAAAGCCUGGCCAGUCAACACGAACAGGCUUUGAAUCACCACGCCGCCCUGGCCCAAUCGAUGCGCAGUCUCAAGGACAAACAGGCACAAUGGCACUUUGAAAGCGACCGAAUGGACCGACUGCUCCAGGAUUUUGGCCUUGUUGUUUCAAGCAAACCCGGACGGAGUGGCGACCAAUUCUUGUGAGUUGAUCCAGGCGUGUGGGAAGGAUAUUGUUGGAUAUGUCUCUCGGCACGGGCAAUCCAGGCUAUACGCCACUGACGGCUGAAAUCUAGUCUACACGCCUUCGACCAGCUGGCAUCCUCGGUGGAAAAACUUGCCCGAUACAUCCUAAACCACAGUCCGGGGCACAACGCAGACCAUGGCGACACGUUCAAGAUGGUCGGUAUGCCCGAUGUGUCGGAUACUACCGAGGCUGCAGAGCUUCUCCGGUCUCUGUUGGUAUCGGGUCAAGUUUGGAGCAUCAUACAUCAGCGGAUAUUUGCGCCCUUCUUGUUCACGUCAGCCUAUGGGACGGACGGCUGGGAUGAUCUUGAGAGAAUUUUGGCUUUACUCUCGGCAAACAUCAGAGCAAAAAGCUUCCGCCGAGAGGCAAUCUGGAGGGCCAUAAUGAUGAGAGCGAUCUAUACUGGAAACAGGGGCCGCAAAGCUGCGAUGGCCGCAGCAACAGGACUCAGCAGAGACAUUAUGGAAGCAAUUGGAGUGUCGACCUUGGAUGGGGAUAUGCCAGGGCUGCUCCAAGCUGUCCGCGUUGUGGCCAAACGAGCGGUGCAGACCUGGCGCCGAGCACGUCUGGAAUGGAAUUUCAUUCACUCUGUCAUGCCAUCAACAUCAGACACCACUUGGGACGAUGGAGCUGCCACCAGUCCUUCCGACAUCGUGCUGUGGGUGCGGCCGCACAUUGUCGGCGAAGUCGUGACUCACAGCAUGUAUCGAGACCCGGGCCGGACACCGGCAAGAAGUAGCCCUCAACGGCCCCGAACGCCGGGACGCUGCGUUUAUCUACAGGGAAGGGUGCUACGUCAGAACUCUCGCGUGACCCAAGCAAGAUGACAUGAGCUGCGAGAGGGAGGAUCUGCAGGACACAUUCUUUUCUCUGAUGUGAUGACAUGGAAAGGCGGUUUACAUUGGAUGAGUACUCUUCGAAAUCUACAUUGUACGAUAUACUGUACUAGCAGGUUCCUUAUGUACUUAGCCUGGGUAAUCAAUAUGUAGUUGUACUGUAACAUAGCGCCCUUGGAAUGCUGCAUUGGUGCGCUGGAGGCGCAUGGCUCUGUCGCUAUAGACAUUUAUACUGUAUUCUCAAAACUUGCACCCAGUGUUAGGGGAGUCUGCCACAAGUGCGCCAGAACUACUACGACUUGCAACCGACAGCU